AUGUAUGAUCGAGUACCUUUAGAUUGGGACGCUAGACUGAGAAUAGCAACUGGAGCAGCGAGAGGGCUGGCUAAAAUCCAUGAAGGGAAUAACGGGAGAUUCAUCCAUGGGAACAUCAAAUCCUCAAACAUCUUCUUAGACUCACAAUCCUACGGCUGCAUUGGUGAUGUUGGCUUAGCAACCAUCAUGAAAUCUCUUCCUCAGACCACUUGUCUUGGUUCAGGUUACCACGCACCUGAAAUAACAGACACUAGAAGAAGCACACAGACUUCAGAUGUAUACAGCUUCGGGGUGGUUUUACUCGAGCUUUUGACAGGGAAAUUGCCGGCAAGUCCAGUGGUUUCAGAGGCGGAAGAUGGUGGUGAGAACAUGGACUUGGCUAGCUGGAUAAGGAAUGUGGGGGAGAAAGAUAUGAGAGGAGAAGUGUUUGAUAUGGAGAUUGUGAGUGGGGGUGUGGAGGAAGAGAUGGUUGAGAUGAUGCAAAUAGGGUUGGCUUGUGUUGCAGUGAAGCAACAAGAACGACCUCACAUAGCUCAAGUUGUGAAAAUGAUUCAAGAUAUUCGAUCAUUUGUUUAUUCAAUUUGGUGA